GACAAAUCCAGGUGCGAAACUGACAAACGAUUCGGUCUCGAAGAGUCUUUAUUUCGUAAUAUCAAACAAGGCAUGAUUACUGUACUCUACCUGCUAUAUAGUGCGAUGGUAUAAUCGCAACUUGGAAAUAGAUGGUAGUACAACCACGAUCAUCCACAUCGAAGUUGAAGUACAGCAUCACCAGCAUUGAAUAUGGCAGCUCAACCUCCCCCCAUCUCUCACAUCCUUGAAACAUGUCUUUACGUGCGCGAUGUCGGCGCAUCAGUUGAUUUCUACAAAUCCGUCCUCAACUCGGCCCCUUUUAUGCAGUCACCUCGAAUGGCUGGCUUCAGUCUCGGCUCUACGACGCUCUUGCUCUUCCAACUCGGAGUGACUUCCAAGGGUUUUGUCGCUCCCAAGGGCGGAACCAUCCCAGGUCACGGUCCCAGCGAGUCGAUCAUCUCAUCGCUGCUAUCCGACAACCCGGGCGAUAGGACUCAUCUUAAACAGCAUUUCUGCUUCGCCGUUGGUAGUCCUGCCGACGUGACACAGUGGGAUGCGCAUCUCCAGAAACUUGGCGUCCCCGUCACAGGCCGCAUCGACUGGGAUCUCGGAGGGAAAAGUAUUUAUUUUGCAGACCCCGAUGGGCAUGUUGGAGAAGUCGGAUCGCGAGGAAUUUGGAAGCACUAUUGAUCGAUAUCUGAACAUAUAUCAACAUUUUCUGAUGGUUUAUCUGAUGGUUUAUCUGAUGAUGUUCUUCCAAACUCCCCCGCAUUCUCCACAUUCCCCAUUUUUGCCUGGGAUUUCGGUUGUUUUCGGCCCAUUAUAUCAGUUCUAAUUGGCUGAUUGUCUACUCCGCACAGCUCGUGUCCGAUCUCAAUCUAUUUUCCUGUUGGUAUUUGAAUAUUUGAAUCCUUGAUUAAUCAAUAACACUUGAUUUGUCCAAAGAUUGUUUGACGAAUUUAAAAUAUGC